GAACUCCAAGGAAAGCAGAAGAGCUGACAGGAAGUAGAAGGAAGGCAGCAGCGCCUUUCCUGCUGCCAUGACGACCAUGCAAGGAAUAGAACAGACCACACCAAAGCAUGUGUACCAGCUGGGGCAGCCUGCUGCUGUCCAAUCCUACUUGUGGAAAGGGGUAAUAGACAAGUUCCUGAAGGGGGAACCCAAAGUCCUUGGGGUCGUGCAGAUCCUGAUUGCCCUAAUGAACCUCAGCUUGGGGCUAAUAAUUAUGAGCGCCACGUUCCCACAUUUUGCAUAUGCAUACACACACCCCUUUUCAGUGUAUACGGGGUAUACAGUUUGGGGGUCAGUGAUGUUUAUUAUUUCAGGGUCCUUGUCAAUUGCAGCAGAAGCUAGAACAUCAAAAGGCCUGGUUCGAUGUAGCCUGGGAUUGAACAUCACCAGCUCUGUCUUUGCUAUAACAGGAAUCAUACUCACUGCCAUCAGCGUGAGUGUUUUUUCAUUCGGCUAUAGUCACUGUGGAUAUGAAACGAUGUUGGAGAAUUGUUUCAUGGUCAACUCUAUUUUUAUGGGAAUGGAUGCUAUAGUGCUCAUUUUAAGUGUGCUGGAGUUCUGCAUUUCUGUAUCUCUGUCUGCCUUUGGGUGCAAAGUAACCUGUUGUAAUCCUGGCGGGCCCCCAGCCCCUGGCGACCACCAUGCUGCUCUCUGCUUUGAUGAGUUUGACUUUUUGGAUUCGCUGUAUAAGUGA